AUGACUUCAAUUGGUACCGGAUACGAUCUAUCCAACUCAGUCUUCUCCCCCGAUGGCCGAAACUUCCAGGUCGAAUAUGCAGUGAAAGCCGUCGAGAGUGGGGGAACCGCAAUCGGUAUCCGGUGCAAGGAUGGCGUUGUACUUGCUGUCGAAAAACUGAUUACAAGCAAACUGCUGAAGCCUGGUGCAAACAAGAGAAUAGCAACCGUGGACCGAAAUAUUGGCAUUGUAUCAUCUGGCCUGGUUCCUGAUGGCCGGCAUUUCAUUUCACGAGCCCGAGACGAAGCGGCAUCCUGGAGAAACACGUACAAAGCCCCGAUCCCAUCAUCCGCUCUGGCCAACCGGUUAGGCGGCUAUGUGCAAGCCUACACUCUAUAUUCAAGCGUGCGCCCAUUCGGUGUGACGUCCAUAGUCGGAGGUUGGGACCCUGAGUCUGAGAUGGGCGUCGAUGGCCAAGUCGGGACAGGACCCAGUAUCGGUGCUGGUGGAAAAGCCGAAGGAGUCAAAGCUGGUGGCCCGGGACUCUACAUGAUCGAGCCCAGCGGCCUGUACUGGGGCUACUACGGUGCAGCCACCGGUAAAGGCCGACAAGCCGCCAAGGCAGAACUAGAAAAGUUGGAUCUGAGCUCUGGCAACCUUAGUCUGCACGACGGCGUCAAGGAGGCAGCCCGAAUCAUCUACGUUGCCCACGAGGACAGCAAGGACAAAGAAUUCGAACUCGAGAUGACGUGGAUCAGCUCGCUCGACGGUCCAACCAAGGGAAGGCAUGAAGAAGUCCCCAAGGAUCUGCUGGAGGAAGCCGAAAAGGCCGCCAAGGCUGAAUUAGAGGGAGAAGUUGAAGAAGAGAAGUCUGGCGAAGGAGAGCGCAUGGAAGAGUGA